CUUUUUAUCUGUCCGUCGAUAUUAAAUCUCGACCGCGAAACUAGAAACUCGUUUCACGUUGUUGCCGCUCAGCUCAGCACGUUCCCCUUUCCCUCUCCCUCUCCCUCUGUGUUUUUCAAUUUUUUCCCCACAGACAAAACCCUAGCCCUAACUCCUCCCGCGCUAUUAUUCGUCUUGGAUCUCUGGCGCAAAGGCUAAACGUCGUUCUCUGCGUAAAUCUCGGAUCUGUGAGAUUCAAAAUUGGAAUCGAAGGCGUCCUUGCUGGUUCUUCGGAACUGCUUUCUUUUCGGAUUCUGAGUGAAUUAGGGUGAUUGCGCUUCUCGCUCUUUCCGCCUUGAAUGAUUUAUCUUAGUUUUGCUGUUCCGAAAUCUACCACGUUUGAAUUCUCUGAGAAAUCUUGCCUGCAUGGGAGAAGAAGAGGCAGUUUGUUUGGCUUUAUUGACGGAUGUGGUCAGGGAUAACGAUAACCUUUCAAGAACUGAAUUGAAGCGCGGCCAUCAAUAUUUUCUAGAUGACGCUGAAUCGGAUCCGUAUCCAAACAAGAAGCAAACAAAGGAAAUUUCAAAUGAAGAGAUUCGCUCGGAAGUUUUAAAUCCAAUAACUUCCCCAAAAGAGAACGUGGUCGGUGUUCAAGAAUUUACUAGCCAACCGUCUGAACAUGGGAAUAUUAAUCAGGCGGAGUGUGGUGAAGUCACUUCCAUGUGUUCAGGGAGUUCGAGCUCAGAUGAGAACUUGAGUGACCAAGACCGUUGUGGGAAUGACACUUCUCAAGCUGUUAACGAUGCUGCUGGUGAUGCAGAGACGUCCAGAGUUGUACUCGAAAUUCCUAAGCAUGUUAGUUCUACUGGGAUCAGAAAAAUUACAUUUAAGUUCAGCAAAAGAAAGGAGGACUACGAUAAAAAGUCAUAUGCUUCGGUAGCACAGCCUGAAACCAACAGUAGUGGGAAUGGGCAGUCAUGUCGAGGUUAUUUUGAGGAGCCCGAGGGAGACAUGUUACCAAUGGUUGAUUCUAGUACGGACGUGCUAGAAAGCAGAUAUGGGAGGGAGUACUCUGAAACCAGCAUUUUCGGUUUACAUGCAACUAAUAUGGAUUCCAAAUUGUUUAAGAAGGUUGUUCCUACGAAUGUAAAGAAGCUGUUAGGAACUGGUAUUCUUGAUGGAGCUCGAGUGAAGUAUAUUUCUACCACAGGACAGGUAGAGCUACAUGGAAGUAUACAUGGUGGUGGAUAUUUGUGUGCUUGUUCAUCUUGCAACUUUUCAAGAGUUCUGACUGCCUAUGAGUUUGAGCAGCAUGCUGGUGUCAAGACCAGACAUCCAAACAAUCACAUAUACUUGGAGAAUGGGAGGCCAAUUUAUAGCAUUAUACAAGAACUAAAGACUGCUCCACUCAGCAUGCUGGAUCAAGUGAUAAAGGAUUUGGCUGGAUCGUCUGUCAAUGAGGAGUUCCUCCAGUUUUGGAAAGAUAGUCUUCAACAGAGCAAUGGGAAGGUUAAGGCAAAUAAAAAUUAUGACAUCAAGCUUCCUCGGAGGCUUCAUUCACAUGCAAGUUGUGCCAGUCAAGCUUUUGAAGAAAGUGUUAGCCCUGCUUCAUCUUCCUUUGAGCAGAACAACCAUAUUGAAAGACAAAUGUAUAUGAAAGAGGCAUCGGAAGAGCGGAAACGUGGAAAUAAAAAACCAAACUUAUGUUUUUCUAACCCAGUCGUGCAACAAAAGAAAAUUGCUGAUGGUGGCACUAGAAAAAGGGAUAAUGAUCUACAUAAGUUGCUUUUCAUGCCAAAUGGGCUUCCAGAUGGGGCUGAACUGGCCUACUAUAUCAAAGGGCAGAAAAUACUAGGUGGCUACAAGCAGGGAAAUGGUAUUGUCUGUGGUUGUUGUAGCAGAGAGAUUAGCCCUUCACAGUUUGAAGCACAUGCUGGAAUGGCUGCCAGGCGUCAACCCUAUCGCCACAUCUAUACAUCUAAUGGAUUGACGCUGCAUGAUAUAGCUAUUUCAUUGGCAAGGGGACAAAAUCUUACUACCGGUGACAGUGAUGAUAUGUGUGCAAUGUGUGGAGAUGGUGGGGAUUUAAUUCUUUGCAAUAGAUGUCCCCGCUCUUUCCAUGCAGCUUGCUUGGAUUUGAAGGACAUUCCAGAAGGUGAUUGGCAUUGCCCAGAUUGUACAGAUAAGGUUGGCCCUGGCAGAAAACCUGCAGGAGAAUCUUCAAUUCAUGGGAGACCAAUUGUUAUACGGUUGACACGAGUUGUCAAAGCACCAGAAUUUGAAUAUGGUGGUUGUGUUUUUUGCAGGGCUCAUGAUUUUAGUGUUGCUGAAUUUGGUGAGCGAACGGUGAUGCUCUGUGACCAAUGUGAGAGGGAGUUCCACGUUGGAUGUUUGCGGGACAACGGGCUAUGCGAUUUAAAAGAACUUCCCAAGGAUAAAUGGUUCUGCUGUGAUAACUGCAAUAAGAUCCAUGUAGUUCUACAAAAUUCAGUUAUCCGUGGAGCAGGGGUGAUUCCUGCUUCAUUGUCUAAUACAAUAAUCAAGAAGCAUGUAGAGAAAGGAUUAUUUAUUGAUGGAGCUGCUGAUGUUCACUGGCAAAUUAUGAGUGGAAAAAGUCGCUAUCCAGAGCAUCUACCCUAUCUUUCAAGGGCUACUUCAAUCUUUCGAGAGUGUUUUGAUCCUAUUGUUGCAACAUCGGGCCGUGAUCUAAUUCCUGUUAUGGUCUAUGGGAGAAAUAUAUCUGGGCAAGAGUUCGGAGGAAUGUAUUGUGUAGUUUUAAUUGUGAAGUCUGUUGUUGUAUCAGCCGGUCUCCUCAGAAUCUUUGGCCAGGAGGUGGCUGAACUUCCUCUAGUGGCCACCAGUAGAGAACAUCAGGGAAAAGGUUAUUUCCAAGCAUUAUUUUCAUGCAUAGAGGGGUUUCUAGCUUCCAUGGACGUCCAAAACCUGGUGCUCCCUGCGGCUGAGGAAGCUGAGUCAAUCUGGACAAAGAAAUUAGGCUUCGAAAAGAUGAGUGAGGAGAGAUUGUCCAAGUAUAUGAGGCAGGUCCCGCUGACAAUUUUCAAGGGAACAGCAAUGCUAGAGAAGGCGGUGCAGCGAGUAGGAUAGUAAAAGAUGAUAGAGUCCAACGCGAUUCAAUUCAUUGAGUUGGGUUGAAUUAUUCUUUAAUUUUUGUUUUAGUGAUACUUCCUGUAUUAUUCUGCUGCUUUUUUUUGUUUUUGGUCAGCAGCCUGCUGUCUGUUUUGACAUUGUUAUGUUCAUUGUACAAACUACAAACUAGAAUUCAAGAGUAGGAGAAAAGGCGUCUGUUAAGUAGAAGAAAGAAAGGAGAAACAGAACAAGAAAAACACUAGUGCAUGCUGACCUUUUACUUUGCAUGCAUACGAUACCAAAUUCUUAAUUUCUUUUGGUAA